UUUUAAUUUUGAGAGAGAUUAGUCUCUUCUCUUCUUCAGAGUUUAGAGUGGGUAUUGGUUCAGUGGUUCAUCUCACUUGGAAGUUGGUAGCUUUACAACCUAAAGUAGAAAUUUAGAACACAAGAUACCUUAAUGAGGACACUAGUGCCAACCUUCCUUCUUUUCAAGCGGCUGCUCUGCUUUUGCCUUUUGGUGAAUGUUGGCGAGUCCCACUAAAGGGGUUUUAAGACACUCUCUCUCGUGACUCUUGUCUCCUCUCACAUUAAGUCAUUUUACCAAAUAUACAACCCAGCUUCCAUAGCCAUCACAUUAGGUCACAUUAGGUAAUUUUACCAAAUCCUAAUAAUACAGCAUUAAGAGGAAUUCCAUAUUCAAUAUUCCACACAAGGUUCAAAUCGGAAGCACCCCAAUAUGCCCUACAAAGAAUGUUUCGGGGCUUUGACCGGUUUAGGAGUAGAAGAGCCUUAAACUGGCCCUCUAAUCGAUUUUUUUUUUUUUUAAAUAUCGAUAUUGUCUGAUACGCCUUUACUGAAGUAUAGGACGUAUCCAUAUUUAGAACCUUGAUUCUACACAUCUCUUCACACCACCCAACAAGGGUCAAGAGUAAAAGACGAAGAACCUAGAGCCCCUCAUUACUCAUUAGUACUCACAAGUGACAACCUUACCCCACGCCAUCCCCAACUUCAAUGCAAUGAACACUCCCCACACAAGAUGAAAUCAAUGCUAGAGAGAUCCAAAGAAUAUUUUUAUUAGAUAAGAUUGAUUUUGCUAGAGCCUAGAAGCCGAAUUUCAAAAGCAAAUAAAAUGGAGUUAGAGCCCAAUCUCAUUUAUUAGGCCCCGUUUGGUGUCUUUUCAUGCAGUUUUUCUGCUGUUUAUAAGUUGGGAAGAUCGAAAAUCGGUCUAUUCCCGUUUAGCAUGCGGACGAUUUUGCCACCAAAAGACGGGGUGCCAUAAAAACAUGGGAAGUCCAUUUUGGGUUGAUUUCGGGAAGCUCCAAAUGAAGCUUCCCAGCAUCUUCCAGGUUUUAAUCUCGUGCGGAAAGACCUGAAAUGACAUAUAGAAAGAUGCGCAUCUGCCAAACGAUCUUCAGACUGCCCAGAUCUGAUCUCAAAAGUUCAAUAUAUCUAUUAACUGUAAGAGCUAUUAGAUCUUUUCAAAAAAACUUGCCAAACGGGCCUUUGUUAUUAGUUAUUCCUGUUUUGACUUGUUUAAUACUUUAACUCACUGACAUUUACAAAUUGCACCCAUGGGCCAUAUAGCCUGCCCGUCGUUUCCUCUCUAUUUCCUCUCUCCUAUCUGAAGCACAAACACAAACACGCACAAGACAACGUCACUACUCUUAUUAACAACGACUCUUCUUCCCAUCACUUCUGUCUGUCUUCUGAAAACCGAAUAGAGGAGGAACGACGAAAACCCUUCCGUGGAAUCAGAAGAUUCCCAAAAUUAAGUUAAGUAGAAGGGAAGAAGUGAAGAACAAGACAAACCCAUCUUUCUUAUCUCUUCGAGACAGUCCUUUUAAUAGAUUGUCAAGAAGAAGAAGAAGAGUAACGAUUAACGAAGAUUAUGAGCCCUAAGCCUAAACCCUAACCCUAGCCUUAACAUUUCAUUAUCUCUUCCUGAUAAUACAAUUUAGAAGACGAAGAAAAAAGGGGCAGUGUAGGGUUACACGCAUCUGUGGCAUUUUCUUUGGUCAAUGUCGCAGCUUAAACCCGUUUCUCAUCUGGACAGUAUUCCAUCGACUCCCGGAAAAUUCAAGAUGGACAAAUCGCCGUACAUUCACCGACUUCGAUGGCAUUCUUCGCUCACCAAGCUCACCUUUUGGUCCUUUCUCUUUCUCGGUCUCAUCCUUUUCUUCUUCCUCCGUUCUCCCUCUUCGCCCUCACCUUCCGAUCCCUCUCGCCGAUCUCUUCGUACCUCCAACUGGGGCGGCCCCUCCUGGGAGAAGCGCGUCAGAUCCUCCGCACGUGUCCGCUCUCGAAAUGGUCUCUCUGUGCUCGUCACUGGCGCUGCUGGUUUUGUUGGUACUCAUGUAUCCGCGGCAUUGAAGCGCAGAGGCGAUGGUGUCCUUGGCCUUGACAAUUUCAACGAUUACUACGACCCGUCGCUCAAGCGCGCCCGCCAGGCCCUCCUUGAGCGCACAGGCGUCUUCGUUGUCGAAGGUGAUAUUAAUGACUCGGCUCUUCUCCGGAAAUUGUUCGAUGUUGUCGCAUUCACCCACGUCAUGCAUCUCGCCGCUCAGGCAGGGGUGCGAUAUGCCAUGCAGAACCCCGGCUCUUAUGUUCACAGCAACAUCGCCGGGCUUGUAAAUGUUCUCGAAGUCUGCAAAUCGGCCAAUCCACAGCCUGCAAUCGUUUGGGCGUCUUCAAGUUCUGUUUACGGCCUCAAUUCUAAAGUACCAUUCUCAGAAAGAGAUCGGACAGACCAGCCUGCCAGUCUCUACGCGGCCACCAAAAAGGCUGGUGAAGAGAUCGCUCACACCUACAAUCAUAUCUAUGGCCUUUCCAUUACUGGGUUGCGUUUUUUCACAGUUUAUGGCCCUUGGGGUCGACCUGAUAUGGCGUAUUUCUUCUUUACCAAAGAUAUACUCAAAGGAAACCAAAUUCCAAUCUUUGAAGCCCCGAACCAUGGGACUGUUGCAAGAGAUUUUACAUAUAUUGAUGACAUUGUAAAGGGAUGUUUAGCAGCGUUGGACACUGCGGAAAAGAGUACCGGCAGUGGGGGAAAGAAGAAGGGGUCUGCACAGUUACGGGUAUUCAAUCUAGGGAACACAUCGCCAGUGCCCGUCACCCAACUUGUUAGCAUUUUGGAGAAGCUUCUGAAAGUUAAAGCCAAUAGAUUGAUGUUGAAGAUGCCAAGGAAUGGAGAUGUGCAAUUCACCCAUGCUAAUAUAAGCUUGGCUCAGAAGGAGCUUGGAUACAAGCCCACGACGGAUCUGCAGACAGGACUGAAGAAGUUUGUCAGAUGGUACCUCAGUUACUAUUCAAGUUCUGGGAAGAAGAGCGCUGGGUGAUACCCUUCAUCUACCUUUCAUCAUUGCAUGGUAGAAUCGUUUGAAUUCUUCGUUUUGAUUCUUACGAUUUUUCCCCUUUUGCCAUUCUUCGCCUAUUUCUCUUUUGCUCGUAUAUCUUAAUUUGCCAUAUGAGGAAAUCCCUGUCCUGAAAUAGAGGCUUUUUGGUAACGAUCGGAAUUGUUUGCAGGACGUUCCUCAUCUGUAUCAAAAGAAAACCCGAAGCAUCUUAUUUUUUCCACAUAUUGCUUUGUUUGUUUCCUUAUUUUCUUUUCUAGGAUUGCUGCUAUUCGUAGUAGUUUUGGCAUUGUACAAUCCAGCACUAAUAGGUUCUGAACGUAUGUUGAUUGAUAGACUACAUUUGUCAUGGUCUUAUUAUUGAUUACAAUAAAAUUGCACGUGCUACUUUGGUUCUCA